AUGCUCGUUCGUGAUUUCUCGGGCACCGGGAGCUCGGCUCCCAAGGUAGCUUUGCUGCACUAUCACAUCGUCAAGAAGCCUCAGCAUCUAUCAGCCUUAUCGAGGCUUUCGACCAAAUCGGCAUCAGCAGCAAACGUCUCGACGAGCCUCUGCGAUGGACGCGUCUUGCAGGUUUUGCGCCAAGAACCCAACGAGGUACACAACAAGCUGAACCUGAUGAUCGUCGACCUGGAUGCUCAUCGUCUCGAUGGCUCCUGGAAGCCAUCCAAGCAUGCUUUUGAGAACGUCAGGGUUUGGCACCUCGAACAGCGUCAGCCAUUCGCUGAAGAUACGCUGGUCGAUGCAUACAUUGACUCGUGCGGCGUGUACACCAACAGCAAGCUGAUGGGCGUCGAGUACAUCGAGAUUGGACUAGCAGCAAAAGCCAGUUUGGAAGCCGAUUGUGCAUCGGUUGGGUGA